CGGAAGUCUGCCACGAUGUCCAUAUGCAACUGCACCACAAUCCCACGUACCCUCCUCCCGAUUUGGUGUUGAACUUUAAUUACGCCGCAUAUGCUUGUAUUUUUAAGUGGGCAAUAUUACAUCAACACAGCCAUGAAAUGUAUGCAGAGCAUGCUGCAGAGCACCAGCAGUCGUAUUAGCCGGUUGGUUCUGCCCCAUCGCGAAGUGGGAAUCUUCAAUGCCAAGUGGACGUUACGGUACUUCAGCCACAACCUCGCCAGGGAAUAUUCCAACAGGGCGUCGUGGUGUCAUUCCAUAAUCUGGAGAAAUUGCUCUCUGUCCUACUCGGCAGGUAAAUGGAAAUGUCUCUUUCGGAUUCCGUGUGCUGUGUUUAUUUUGAGCAGCGUGGAUCCGGCAAAGGUUUGGGACGUGUUGGAGGCCCACCUGGGCUGUAUAAAACCGUUGGGUGCAGAUCACAUCAAGCAGUGGAUUGCCGAACAGAUCAGGGCACAUUCAGAAAAAGCUUGCAGUGAGAUUAUCAAAAUUCUUGACGCGUGUCAAAGCUGCGAUCCACGCUCAUCGGCAAAGUAUCGCAACCGGAAAUGGACGCUGGAUAAUUUGAUUAGUCUGGACAUUCGGGAUCUAAAUUGCAUCUGCUUGCACACGAUGUCCGCCUUAUCAAACUCGAGAGAUAUGUCAACAGCAAGCGGUGAAAAUCUCGAAGAAGACGACAACGACAUCGAUGAUCCGCUGCUGUUUCUAAUAAACUGA